GCAAUCAAAUUUCUUGAACGCGCUCCACAAGGUGCACAGUCAAGCGCACUGAAGGAUUUGCACGUCGUUCGCGUAAAGCCUGGGAUUGUAAUUGGUUGUCGGCGGUUCUGCAGCGUCCGCUUUUGUUUCCUCUUUUUGCUUACCGUGCCUCCUCUGCCUGUUGAUGGUUCUUCUUUCUUUCCUUUUUUCGUUUUUCCCUUCAUUAGCUGCACUGGUAUGGGGACCGCCGUCGUGACCGCGAAAAAUAAGCAAAUAUCAGCAAAGGCUCGCAUCGAUCUCAAGCUACUCUGGUUGUUCCACAAUUGAACGAGGAAGAGGUAUCUAACCAUAAUAACACCUUUCAAUUUCGUGAUUUCUUUCUAUAGCUCUGCGCGUCCUCUGCGAUGGAACAGCACGCUAAUCUGACGUCCUCUACGCACCUCAACACGUCCAGUGCGAGCGUAACGCGCACCGGCCACGACGCCGCCGCCAGCAUCUGCGCCCAUCUUAUCGUGUACAACGGACUCAGUCGCAAGCGCAUCGCCCACGCCGUGGGCCUGCCGGCGCUCGUGAUUGAGGAGUCCAUCAAAAACGGCGUCUCCUCCGCCAUUCUGCGCGCGCAGCUGCGUAGUUGGCUCCACGAAUCAUCCGCGUCACAAAAGCUGCGAGUGCCAGAUGAACUUUUCGCGCAGUUGCAGGAGGAGUGUGCAGCGGACGAGGCGGAGAAGCAGCAGCGCCAGCGCAGCGGCGUCGACGCGUUUGCCUUUUCUGCGCUGGACCCCGUGUCGCAGGCGCACUUCAUUAACCUGCAGCAGUCCGUGGGACAGAGUUUUAUUUCCAUCUUGAACGACCCGGGCGAGCCGACCGCCAACGUCGACUGGAGCACUUGGCUGGGCGGCAAGCUCUAUGAGGCGUUUGACUUCAACGGCAGAGUGGGCAACUUUGACGACUACACACGGAACUUCAAGGAGCGGCAGGUGGGGCCGGAGUCGGCGGCGGCGUUGUUGGCCGAGUACCCGCCCAACCACGACUUCAGCGCCUACGUGAAGCAGAUUUCCGACACGUAUCAGGCGAACCGGCGCGAGGGCAUCGCCAACGCCGCGGAGGAGUGGCGGGACGAGGCGACCGACUUUCUGCAUGGUGGUCGCAGCACUGCGGCGGCGGUGUCGCUGUCGGAGGACGGCGGUCCUUGGCCGCAGGGCGUGCCGAGAGCUUUCUUUGUGAAGGAUUACGACCCUUCAGAGGAGAUGGCGAUGAUGUCGGAGGUGGUUGGUGAGUCGACACCUGCUCUGCCGCCGUCGCCUCCAGCCGCCGACGCCGCCGCUCCAACCUCUUCUCCCCAGAGGCAUCCAGGUGGUGCGAACGCAGCUUCGACAUCCACAAGAGCAACAACGACGUCCUCCUCAUCACCGUCCGCGACGGACAAGGCAGUCACCUCGUCGCCAGAGUCAGCAGCCAUGCCGCUUCUCAGCCGCAUCGUUGACAACACGACCUUUACCGACGACUUCGAGUACCUGGAGGGCCGCAACAAGGAGCUGCGGGCGUGGGAGUCCGCGGUGGAAAAGUGCCUGCUGCAGCACGUCAAGCACCGCUCCGAAGACUUUUUCGCCACGUCGCAGCAGUUCGGCUCCCUCAGCGGAGACGCGCGCAGCGUGCUCGCCGAUGCGCAGGUGGCGCGCGAGGGUGGCAUGCGAGCCGGCGAGCUCUUCGUGUCCGAGUACCUCCGCAUUGGGCAGCUCUACCGUCGUCGGCAGAACUUUGUGCAGCUGCAGCGCACCGCCACCACCGCGCAGCGGGUCCUGCGCCGCCUCGGUGACGUGGAGAACUGGGCCGCGCUGCCGGAGCGCGACUUCAGCGAAAUCCUCGCCAUCGUCAACGCCCUCGUGGACUUGGAGGUGGCCGGCAACAACGCCGACGACAGCGCGAGCAGCAUCUCGUGGAACACGCUGUCGAAGCUGCGGUGCCUUGCCGAGGUGCCGCGACGCGUCAAGGCGGCGCGCAAGGUGCUCGAGCGGGUGGUGCUGGACGAGUACGCGCGUACGCUGCUGAGCGACCUGAGCGAAGGCGACGCCGGGGAGCGAGUGAGUCUGGUCUGCGUGAGCGCGACGCGGCUUGGCGUGCUCAACGCCGCGAACCAGCUUUAUUACGUGAAAGUGGUGGAGGCGUUGCAGGUCGCGGCGCAGGAGGCCUUUGUCGGUUUCCUUAUGAAUAUCGGUACGCUGGACGACAAACACGCGAAUGAUCUGCUGGCGGUGGUGGCGAGCAACACGGUGGCCUUUGCGCUGCCCGAUGCCCGCCAGCAGCUCUGUGGGUUUGCGAAGAGUCUUCGCUGCGACAAGUAUCAGCGGGUUCUGCAGCAGUUCGUGGACGUUCUCGUUGACUUUGUGACGCAGGUGUCGCAGAACUGGGGCUUCUUCGUGACAGGCGGGCUGUGCCGUGCGCUGGCGAUGUUCGACAAUCAAGCCGCGUUGAUCGAACACGCAACACGUGAUUUAUUUGCCCGCGUCUGCGGCGAGGCGGAGUCCUUGGUGGCGUCGAUGCUGGAGGUGUACGCGGGUGGCGAGCAGCUGUCCUCGACGGCGGACGUGGAGCAGCUCGUGCGCAUCAGCACGCAGUUCCCCCUGCGCAUCACAAACGACGUGGCGGGUCGGCUUGUCUCGCUGCUCGACGGCUCCACCGCCGCCUCCGCUGCCGCCUCCUCGAAGGAUAGCCCACGUCGUGGCUCGUUCACGAGCGGAGCAGAGGGAGAGGUGGAGGCCACGAGCGCACAGAACGCCGGAGAGCCGAUGGGCUUCACCGUGUACCGUCCCACGAAAGUCAUCGGCACCACAAUCCAGCGCCUCACCAAGCAAUUCUUCCGCCGCCAGCACAAGGACAACAAAGUAAAAAUCACCAUGGUGACGGAAGGGGAGACGUGGGUGGCGAAGGACACCGUCAGCGCUGCGGUUCAACGCGAGGUGGAGGAGAUGUGCACGUUGAACGCAAACGCGUUGGAGGCGUUUUGUCUGCGUGCGGUUCGGAUGUUGACGACGGCGGGAGAGAGUAGCGGCAGCAGCGUCAUCAACAACAACGGAAGCGUCAACUACGCGCACUCCCGCGGUGUGAGCAGUCUCGCGCGAUCUGCCAACCUGGACAACACUGGGGAGCUGUUCGACACCGAUGCCACGAAGCUGUACGUGCGGCUGCCCCGCUCAUUCGGCGGUGCGACGACGACGACUCCCACCACCUCCCCGACGUACACCUUUCACAACAGCAGCAGCAGCAGCGGCGCGGCAGCGCAUGUGGGUGGAGUAGAGGAGGAGGAGAUGGAGGAAGGCCGCCUCGUGGCAAAUUCACUUCUGGUCUUGAUGGAUCUUUUGCACACCUACCACACCUACAUGGCAACCUUUCCCUUCCUCGCCUUCGAUGUUGCGUCGCGCAUGAUCGAGCUCAUCGAUGCCUACGAAGGUCAGGCAGCCGCCAUGGUGCUCGGCGCGCGUGCGGUGGAAAAGAAGACGCUCACUACCAUCACAACCCAGCACUUAUGUGUGGCCUCGCAGUGCGUGUCGUUUCUCAACGACUUCAUCCCCGCGCUGCAGAAGCACCUCACGGCCGCCGUGUACAACGGCGCAGUGAUAGAGGCGGCGCUGGCGCACCGUGCUCCGCGUGACGCGGUAGCCGUUGCGGGUGCCCUCGGCCUCCUGCCAUUGCUGCCGUCUGCGGUGAACGGCGGUAGCAUCACGUUGGCUGACGGCAGCAAUGGGCCACCACAGAAAGCAAAACUCUUUGUGGAGAACGACUGGAACCGCGUCCUGAAGAACUGCCGUGCCCACCGCAACGAGUUCUUCUCCAAAAUGGGCACGCUCGUCUACCGCAAGGUGGAGAGCCUCGGCUCCGUCAGCGUGCAGAAGAAUCAGUGGUCUGUCGGCGGUAAUGAGUGGGUCAUGGCGAUGCUGCGCGAAGUCGCUCGCUUGAUGCGGGCGGUACGGCCGCUGCUGCCGCUGGCGGACAUGGACGGCGUGGUGGUGCCGCUGAUCGGCAUGCUGAGCGUUAUGCUGCGCGAGGCCACCUCCCGCAUCCCCGUCGCCGCCGUCGACGACUGCGCCGCCGCAACGUCGGACAUGAUGCUCUUUAAGGCAAACGUAGAAAAGUUCGGCUACGAUGUGCUGACGUGUGCGAAGGUGACUUCGGUCUCGGCGGCGAUGCAGGGCGGUCAGAGUUUUGCGCCGGUGUCGUCGGAGGAGGCCGUGCUGACGUGGUUUCUGCCGCCACCAGCCACCCCGUCACCCCCACGAAAUCCAACGACGGCGAAGUAA